UACAUUUUGAAGCUGCUCUAAAUUGAGGCUGAGAGAAAUACCCUGCUGUGCACAUAAAUAACACAUCAAAUAAGUAUAGCCGAUCGUUUUUGUUGUUGUUUUUUUUUAAAUAAGAAAUUCGCUCAACCUUCAACUGACACUGUUGAAUGAGGGGAUGGGUGUUUUUAAUUGUAGCUUUCCAGUGUUCUGCAACAUUGUAACCACACGCAGCCUAUUUCCUUUUUUGCAACAGUGUAUCAGCUUAAGUGGGCAGCAUUCAAUUGUUACAUCAAGUGAUACAUGUAACGGCGUACGUCUCUGGAAGUGGAAGACUCAUUGCACAGCUCUGUACUGGGUCUACGGGGAGGGCAAAACACAUCGAAGGAGGGGUAACGGAUGAUUUGAAUGAAUUGUUGCUCGGACUGACAGUUGCGCCUCCCAUGCCUUUACUUGGAUGGCUGCAGUCCCACAAAUGGCGCCCUCGUUCGCAGGUCGCAGUCACAGUUGCUGCCUGACUACGGAAGGGGAGAAACUACGCAGCCAUCUUGAGGACAAGUCGAAACACGGAAAAUUAUGUUAUACUCCUCCAGUUGACCUUCAAUCACUUUUUACAUCUGACAGAUGCCUUAAACUAACGAUACUGUCGCUGUACAUUGCGAAUGAACUCGAAUGCAGUGUCUCUAACUAGUCUUGUCUCCUCAUCCGUCGAGUAGUUGAUGGCACUGAAAUGCAUUCUGAAAUGCAAUGUUCAGCCAUUUGUCCCACUCUUUAAAUCCAGCAACAACCAAUCACAGUAGUCCGGAAUCCCUGGUCAGUGACGAUUCACCCAAUCGGCGCAUGCGUCUUACGAGCGAGCGUAGCUGAGUAAAGAUGGCGGCGGGCUCCGAUUUGCUGGAUGAUGUUUUCUUUAACACGGAGGUGGACGAAAAAGUAGUUAGCGAUAUAGUUGGAUCUUUGGAGUCUGAGCUUACUGGAACAGGUCACGGAAACUCAGCAGUCAGGGUUCAAGGUGUUGUAAACCACAUCAGUAACUCGUCUGGGAGUGCUAAUUCCAGUGUCCAGGACAACAAAAUGGGACUUGCACAAGAGCUUGUAAAAGCAGGCGCCGGAGUGCCAGGGGGUGUCAUUAAUAAUACGAGGUCCCAGGGUUCAACUAUGGAUGCAGCAGUGGGGACCACAUCAGCGGCUGGGUCGGGCACGCAAGUGGAGAUUAACCAAGGCAAAGCAGGAGCUGGCAGCACGGUUCUUACGGCCAUUCCAAACCAUGGAGCUGGCCUCGGACAAAAAGGGACGCUUGGCAUGCCAACUUUGAAUGGAAGUAACGUUGUGAUAAACUCUCACAGUUCAGGAAGUGUUCCCGCUACUCCCGGGACAACAGCGAGCUCAAUCAACAGUGUCGGCGGCACCGGUCCCGCUGUCACAGUUGUCAACAACGGACCUGGCUCCAUGGUGAAGGGGCAGACGAUAGUUAUACCUUCUUCUUCUAGCACUGUAAUACAAACAUCUUUAAUGAACACACCGAAUGUGGUCACAUCGACUGUGAUAUCGUCUCAAACUUCAUGUUUAACCACCGGACCCACCGUGACACUAGUGAGGCCGCCUAUGCAAACGUCGGGACCGGUUACCACGCAAAACGGGAGUAACAAUUCUGUUUUGACUGCAAACGUCAAUGUCGCACACAUGGCACUCUCGAACACUUCAACACCUGUUAGCUCAAGCCCUUUGAUCAACAAGUCGGAAUCACCGAAAACUAUUAUCCAACCGACGACACAGACUGGGUCUCCCACUGUUGUUGCUGGAAACCUGACUCUUGGACAGCCAAUGCAAAGUACAUUGCAGCCAGGUACAACUGGCGCUGCCUCUGUUGUUGGAAAAAGCCCAGUUUUGCAAAAUGUGACAAGAACGUCUGUUCCAUCCACGAUCACUGCCAGUCCAGGAGGCAUACGUGCAAUCGCACCUCAGGUGCUGGCACCCAGGUUACCAAAUGCUCAACCGAAUCAGCCAAACGUUCAGAAUAUCCAACUUCCCCCAGGCAUGGUUCUGGUGCGCAGCGAGAGUGGGCAGUUGCUGAUGAUCCAUCAGCACACGUUGGCCCAGAUGCAGCAGGCCCAGUCCCAGGGUGCCAUGGCAGCGCGACCUCCCGCCCCCACCAGCUCUCCGCCUGUCCAGAUCACCUCUGUGCAGGCCCCUGGCACUCCCAUCAUCCGUCAGGUGGCUCCGAGCACCAUCAUCAAGCAGGGCUCCCCAGCGGCCCAGACCACUGUGCAGGCCACCACUACGCUCCAGAGGCCGCCGGUCCUGCAGAACAUCAUGUUGGGGGGUGCUGCGGGCGCUGCCCCCACUGUUGGAACGCCACCCCCAGUGCAGCCUGGGAAGGCGGCGGCACAGAAGGUAGUGACGCCCAGAGCCCUCGCUGCUACGACUACGGAAACCCUGGAGAAUGUGAAGAAGUGCAAGAACUUCCUAUCCACGCUGAUCAAGCUGGCAUCCAGCGGGAAACAGUCGUCGGAGACCGCUGCCAACGUGAAGGAGCUGGUCAAGAGCCUCCUGGAGGGGAAAAUCGAAGCGGAGGACUUCACCAGUCGACUGUAUCAGGAGCUCAACUCCUCCCCUCAGCCCUACCUCGUGCCUUUUCUGAAGAGGAGCCUUCCAGCCCUCCGUCAGAUGACCCCCGACUCCACCGCCUUCAUCCAGCAGAGCCAGCUGCCCCCGCAGCAGCAACAGCCCCAACCCCAGCAGCAGCCGAAGAGCCAAGGGGCCCCCCAGCCCACCUCCACUGCCCUCACCGCUGUGGUGCUGGGGGGCUCUGCGACCCAGCGGACCGCCAUCCAGCCUGCCCCCACCUCCUCCCACAUCAAGACCACCCCCACCCCCGCUGCUGCAACUGUUGGCACCACUGCCAACGCCACCGUCACCCCUUCGCCUCAUCAUCCAGUCAUUAGCUUGGCCCAGACAGGUCCAAACAAGCCCAGUUUGAUUCUCCAACACCCCCACCAGCAGGGGACCAUUCGGCCCCAAGUCACCAUCGCCCAGACGUCUAUGGUGGCCCUGAGGGGUCAGACACACACCCGCAUGUUCGGCCCUCAGACCGUCGUCAAGCAGCUCUCGGCAGGUUCUUUAAUACGGCCAGGGCUGGCCCCGGGAACUAAAGUGUUGUCUGUGUCAGGGCCCCAGGCUCUGGCUGCCCAGAAGAACAAGCAGAAGGAGGCAGGAGGUGGCACCUUCAGAGAUGACGAUGACAUCAACGACGUGGCGUCCAUGGCCGGGGUGAACCUGUCGGAGGAGAGCGCCCGCAUCCUGGCCACCAACUCUGAGCUGGUGGGGGCAGUGACGCGCUCCUGCAAGGACGAGGCCUUCCUCUUCACAGACUCACUCCGACGGAAGAUGCUGGAGAUCGGGCGGAAGUAUGGCAUCACAGACCUGGGCCCUGAGGUCAUCAACUUUGUAUCCCACGCCACCCAGACACGGCUGCAGAACCUACUGGAGAAAGUGUCGGAGGUCGCCCAGCAGAAAAAUAUGUCCUUCAAGGAGGACGAUCGGUACGAGCAGGCCAGUGAUGUGCGGAUGCAGCUGAAGUUCUUUGAGCAGCUGGACCAGAUGGAGAAGCAGAGGAAAGAGGAACAGGAGAGAGAGAUACUCAUGAAGGCUGCUAAGUCUCGAUCGCGGCAAGAGGAUCCAGAACAACUCCGUCUCAAACAGAAGGCUAAAGAGAUGCAGCAGCAGGAGUUGGCUCAGAUGAGACAGCGAGACGCUAACCUUACAGCCUUAGCCGCCAUCGGACCACGGAAGAAGCGGAAAGUGGACUCGCCGGCAAGCGGAGCCGGAGCAGAGGGCUCGGGAGCCGGCUCGUCGUCCUCGGCCUCCUCGGCGACCGGCGGCUCCAGGCAGUUCACCCGCCAGCGGAUCAUCCGGGUCAACCUCCGGGACCUGCUGGUCUGCCUGGAGAACGAGCGGGAGACCAGCCACUCGCACCUCCUCUACAAGGCCUUCCUCAAGUAGCAGCAGCUGCCUCCUCUCCUCUCCACUACCAAGGCCUUCCUCAGAUAGCAGCACCUUCCACAGUCUCUUCUGUGUCUUCCCAAUCUCUUCUCUUCUCUUCUCUUCUCUUCUCUUCUCUUCUCUUCUCUUCUCUUCUUCCACAACCACCACCACCACCUGAGCUGCAGAGGCGGAGAACAGUAGAAGUAGAAACUAAGUGUCAGUGGUCGUCAAGGAUGCCUCAAAGCAUGUAGAAGUGAGAGGAGGAGGAGGAGGAGGAGGAGGGAGGAGGAGAGGCGAGGCGAGGCGAGAUGCUGUACAAGCGGACCUGCAACGUGGUGCUGGAAGUCCUCCAUCCUCCCUCACUUGCCUCUUUCUUUGUCUCCUCCACUGGAGAAGGUGCAAGGACGGAGGACACAGGAGACAACUGGAGGAGGGAUAUGGACGCAGUCUCAUUAUCCUUACUGCUUGCCUUGCAAUUUCACCAGUUGGAUCAUAUAACCUGUGAUGAUCUACUGCCUGGAGUUGAAUUGGCUGAAGUAUAUGGUAGAAGUUAAACUUCCUGGUCCUUGGAUUGGCUCAGUCCCAACCAAUGGAAACACUGUCCCAUCUGCAUGCUGUUGCCUCACUCAGUUUUAAGUGCCCUAUUCAGGUAUCUAAAAGGACUGCUGGGUCCCAGCUUGCUAAAAGAAAAAAAAAGAGAGAGGACGAGGAGAGGAUGGAAACGUAAUCCAGCCACCUUUUAGUCCCCCUUUUUCAGUCAGUGCAAACAGAAGUCUUGCUGGCUUUGAGAGCAGCAGUUGGAGUCCUCAACUUAAAAAAAAAACCACACACACACAAAAAAAACAGCCGAUGUCACCUCUAUUCCCAGCACACCCCCUUGUCCCCUAGUCGUUUUGUUUCUGCUGCCACUGCUGAGUGGAUUUUGAUUUUAUUUCGUAUUUAAAGUUUUGUGUUUUUUUUUUUCAAAGAAUAAUGUUUGAAGUACAGAGCUGUACAGAGUAGUCUGUCACAUGUACAGUCCUAAGUAGAAGAGGCGGUUUCUCCUUCCUUUUCUGUAUGGGCUGUUCGCCUCUACCACAAAAAAAACUUCACUCGGCAACUUUGGAUAGAAUGACCACCAAACACACACCUCUACUCAAGAGGCACGCCCCGUUUUUUGCGGGUUGGGAGGGCCUGAAGGAUGAUUUCUUUACCUGGAUUAACUUUCUUCUCCUCUUUCUCUUCUUCUUUUUUGAAAAGAAAAGCAGAACAUGGAAAAAUGAAAUGAAUGGACAAAGAAAAAAAGACUUUAAAUGAUUCAUCAAAUGGAGUCGUUUCACCAGUAACGUAAGCGCCUUUUAUUGAACAGAACAGAACUUAAAACUGAAGAAAAAUCUCUCACCAUGUCAGACGUUGUUGUUUAUUUAAAAUCAUGCUAAUCUCAGAGCUAGAGCCAGGGUGAGACAAACAGAGGGACGGCUUUUCUACCUAGCCCCUUUUCUACUUCAUUUCAGAGCUGACCUGAUUCUUUUAACUGGAAAACUUUUGUCUUUUUUCCGUUUUUAAACUUAGUUGCCUUCUUGCCAAAAUAAGCCAUAUAAUUAUUAUUCUCUAUCUUCACUUUAAAGGCUGAGCAAUUAAGCAAUUUUCUUUCUUUCUUUCUUUCUUUCUUUCUUUCUUUCUUUCUUUCUUUACUUCUUUACAUGUUUGUCUAAUGUAGCAUCAGUCUUCAGUCUUCACAAUCCAACAGCACAGUUUCUAAUGUUUUACUUUUGUGUCUUGAUUUGGCAAGUUUAUUUAACCGUCUGGUAUGUGUGAUGUUUUAACAUUUUUGUUUUGUUUCUAAUUCAACUGUUAUGAUUAUUUAUAUGUUGGUGCAUUUGUUUUCUGUUUUGAGAUUAUAUAAAUAUAUAUUCACCUUCACACACUCACAAUAUACCUGAUGUGUAUAUAUACGUAUACGUCAUCAUCACCAUCAACUCCUCAAAAUCCCAUUGCAUGGGACAGGAUAGUUCUAGUCCACUGUGUGAACGUUUAAAAACAAAAAAGAUGAGGAAUGACAUGAAAUGAAAUGGGGGAGAAUUACCCCAAAGAUUUAUUUUAAUAUUCAAUAAGAAAAGUGUUUUUGUUCCCUCUCUUUUAAAUCAUGAACUUUUUUUCUGAAGUGCACUGUUCCUGGCUGGAGUUUUGACGAUGUCGUCGUUCAGUUGGGCCGUGUUGAUUUCAGAACGUUGGCAAGAGGAGAGAAUGUUGACACUCCCCCCUACUGCAAAUCCCCACUUCCCACUUCCCACUUCCCACUUCCUACUUCCCUAGUCCACCUCCACCAUCAUGGACUGCAGUCUCUGGCAGAGCAAUUUUUUGCAGACUCAGACUAUUUAAUCGCCAGAGGAGAAACAAACAAACAAACAAAAAACGUCCCAGUUUGUACCUAUUUUUUUAGCGCACAUACUAAUUGGUUCCUUAUAUAUUUUCACAGGUUGUAUUGUAUGAAAAUGUUGUCUAUGGAUAAAGCUUUUAUGAUUUGUACAUACUUCAGUUAGGGUUUUUUUUUCAUAUUGUCUGUGAUGAAGUGAUUUUCUUCUUCAUGAGCAGAACUUUAUUACAAUGACUCACUGUCCUGCUACUCUCAAUCAGUCAGUAUUGUCUUAUUUUUACAGAACGAUCACCUUGGUAACUGUUACGAUGCACCCCCUUCCCAAGCUCCCCCUCUAUGAAAGAAGACAAUACAGUGAGAUGAUAGCCUAAAGUAUGUGUAUCAAUAUCUUGUACAUUUUGCACAGCCACUUGUUAAUAUGUAAAUAUUUUACUUAUGAAAAAAAAGGUUUUUAAUUGCUAUUAUUUUAUAGAGGAUUGAAAGAGAAUGAUCUCCUUCAUUAAAAAUGAAAAAAACAACAACA